AUGAAUGAUAGCGCGGCAGCAGCCGCAGUGGGAGGUGCACCACCUACUGUUGCGGGCAGUGAUUGUGUUACUGCUGUUGGUCCUAUGGAGGGAGAACCACCGAAAUGGGAAAGCUUCUCUGCCGCUGCUGCCGCAGCGUAUGCAGAUGGGAGCAAAAUCGUCUUCUUUGACGUAAGAAAGAGCCAGAAACUCAAGGGCGACGCAUCAGCAGUACCCCAAGCGGUCUCAGCAGAAACAGUGCCAGGAGGACCACAACUAGCGAAAUCAGUAACGGAAGAAGUGGAAGGAACGACGGCAACAGCAGAUACAGUUCUGCUGCCGAGGCUGAGCCAGGAGCAGCAGCAGCAGCGAAACACACAGACGGAAGGGGGCCGUCAGGCCUGCGAAGACAUAGAAGAUCUUGCAGCAACAGCGUCAAUUAUCUGCUCCUCCUCCAGCAACAAUAGAGGGACUUAUGUGGGUGGCUUGGAGAUAAGGUAUUUGGGCACGGAACAGCAUGCAGCCCUAGAAAUGCGCUUCCAUUUGUAUUGGCCCCUGGAAGUCGACCAGCCACAAGACUUCGUAGGAUUUAGGUUGUUGAACUCUUUGCAGCAACUGCUGCAACUGCUACGCCGCGGCUGCUGCCGCGAAGUGUACCUACUCGCCAAUGCCACCGCUGCUGCACCAAGCAGCAGCAGCAAUGUCUUGCUGCGAGGCAUUAUUGAUGAGCUGAGCUUGGUUGUGAGGGAAAGCAUGGGACGCGACUACACGCCAGUAUUGCAGCACAUCAAGCAGCUUCACAAGAGCAACAGCAGUAGCAGCAACAACAGUGUGGGAUGUAGCUGUAACACCUGCAGCAGCUGCAGCUGCUUGCUGUGUCUAAUGCGACGGCGGGGAGGCAAAUGCGAAUCCUUCGUGCUGAUUAGCGAUACAAAAACCAGAAGACAGCCAACAACACCGUCCAUGGCUCAGAAACAAACGGCAGGCAUCCAACUGCAGAUUUACAGCUUCAUGCUACAGACGCUGCGUCAGCACAAACCCGAGGAGCUGCUGGAGCUGCUGCAGCCGUUGGCAGCAGCAGAAGGUGAUGGAGUUCUGUCACCGUUCCAUUCUCCGCUAUUGUUGGAGGCGCUGCAGCAUACGCAGCAGCAGAUGCAGCGCAUGCACUGUAGCAACAACUACUGCAAGAGCGCUAACUGCGGCAGCAGCAGUAGCUGUGACAGCAGCAGCACAACUACACCGAACUUGAAAACGGUAGUGCUCAUGCUACAACAGCUGCUGCAGCGGCUUCCGCCUCCAACUGAAGAGUUGCACAUAGUGUAUGAAUGUCAAGGAAAGGAGUUUGCAAGAGAGCGCGUCCCAUUCUCCUGGGGGGCGUUUUCCUUUUCGUUUUCCGAUUUGCUCGCGUGGUGGAGGGGAGAACGGCUAACAGAGGGGAUUGGAAGCACAGAACGCUGGAAGUGCCGCUUCUGCGAGUUCGUGAGUCACUGUGACAUGACGCCCCUGACUCCAGAGGAGCGGCAACAAGCCGCACAGCAGCAGCAACAGCAACAGCAGCAAGAAGAAGAGCUUCUGCUGCAGGAAGCACAGGAACGUAAGGAAAGAGAACGGGUGCAGGGAAAACAGCAAGAGGUUUCUCUAAAGCAGCAAACGCAACUGGAGCACAAGGAGAAUGAAAAGCAGCUACGGCAGCAACUGCAGCUAGAGAACGAUGCUCUGUGUCUGAAUCAGGGAAAGAAGCGUAUUGAAGGCAAGCUGGUAGUAGAGCGCCAAUCGCAGCAGGCAGCAGCAACAAAGUCUCUUUUUCCCUCCUCGACACACGGGAGCUUGACAGCAGCUCUGCGCGCCGCAGCCAGCGGUAGCCAACUCCAAUGGCCGUUCACGCAGCAGGGGCAGCCGCAUCAGGGCGUGGAAAGCACCCGAACAUCCCCUACCCCCUUUGUGGGACUGCAAGGCACUAUCAGUGCCCAUGCUGGGGGCACGUCUAGGAGGACGGUAUCAAAUGUUGCUGCUCCAAGCACAACAGUAACAGCCCCAACAGUAGCAUCAACAGCAGCCAGAGGAGCGACAACUGCACUGAUUCGUACGCGUGGAUGGCCAGUCACCGGCACGGCAAACGUAAAAUCUCCUGUGCACGUCCUUCCCCCUUCACAGCUGCCCACGAAGCAGCAACAGAAGAGACACAAGCAGGAACAGCAGCAAGACACCAAUAUGAAGAAGAGUGUGGGUCGCAUCACUGAUUUCUUUUCGUCCCUAGGACCCAGUGCGCCCAAGAUAGAUGCAGGAGGGCAUCCCUAG